AUGAGCGGGAGGAAGAAUGCCGGCAGGACCUCCCCCUGGCAGCUCAUCCUCAUCUCCGCGGGGUGCUUCUUCGCGACCUACAACUUCCUGACGAUGCACGGCCGGGGCCGGGAUGGGCCGUGCAAGCUCCUCGACGGCGGGGGCUCGUACGGGUCGCGCUCCGGCUCCGACCCGGUGAAGCGGUUCCACGUCGCGCUGACGGCGAUGGACACGCUCUACAGCCAGUGGAAGUCCAGGAUCAUGCACUACUGGUACAAGGAGAUGAGCGACCGCCCCGGCUCUGACAUGGGCGGCUUCACCCGGAUCCUUCACUCGGGGAAGCCUGAUGGGUUGAUGGAUGAGAUACCCACCAUGGUGGUGGGCCCUCUUCCUGAAGGCAAGGAUCUGGAGUAG